AUGAUGCGACCCAACCGUAGUGAUGAGGAUCUCGACAGCGAUGAUGCUCAACUCGGCGCGUCCGGGUACAAGCGGGAGAUGCCCAGGCAGUUCUCCCUGCUCUCCCUCCUCGCCCUCUCCUACGCCUUGAUCUGCACUUGGAAUGGCUUUGCAAGUGCAAUUGGAGGCGGCUUGAGCCAAGGGUCGUCUUCUGGCACCAUCUUCAUGCUCCUCCCGGCAGCCACCAUGAUCCUUGUUGUGUCCUUGGGCAUGGCCGAGUUGACAUCUGCCUUUCCUGUAGCUGGAGGCCAAUAUUACUGGGCCUUUGUUCUUUCUCCGCCAUCUUGUGCGCCGCUAAUUUCCUACACCACUGCUGCUGUUACUGUGAUUGGCACAUGGCUAGGUGCAGCUAGUACAUCCAACUUCAUCUCGGGAAUGAUACUCUCCAUUGUCCAGUUCAUGUACCCCGAAUAUGUCGUCUACUCCUGGCACAAGUACCUCCUCUACGUGGGCGUCAUCGUUGCAGCCUCGCUCCUCAAUAUUCUUGGGUCUCAGAUUCUGCCCACUUUCAACAGAUGCAUUUGUAAGUUCUCUCCAACAUCAUUUCAUGCAUUCGGCGAGAUACUAAUCUCCGGUAUUGAAGUUGCAUUCUCCUUGGCAACAUAUUUGGUGACCAUGAUCACUAUGCUUGUGUGCUCAUACCCCAACUACAAUUCCGCUAAAUGGGUGUUCACAGACACCACCAUCUCAACCGGGUGGACGAGUCACCCGUACACCUGGACACUUUGUUUCGUGAAUAGCCUUUACGGGUUUCUGGGCACUGACUCCGGGGCUCAUAUGACGGAAGAGAUUCCGAAUCCCUCGGUCAAUGGCCCAAAAGUGAUUAUAUAUCCCGUCCUGAUUGGGCUUAUCACAGUGAUACCUUUCGCAUGCACCUGCAUGUUCGUCAUCAAGGAUAUGGAUGCCAUUUUGGAUGCGCCCAGUGGACUGCCAUUGAUCCAGCUCUAUCAUCAAGCUACUGGUAGCCGGGCCAUCACUUUCGGUUUAAUGAUUGCUUUCACAGUUUGCUUUUUCGCCUGUGCCGUAGCGAUUAUUACAGGAUCUUCUCGAACCCUCUGGUCAGCGGCCCGCGACGACUGUUUCCCACGUUCCGAUCUGUGGAAGCAAAUCAGCCCCAGGUUUGAAAUGCCAAUGAAUGCGGUUCUCUUGCAGGCCUGCUUUUCUAUUCUCUAUGGGCUCGUAUUUGUUCAGUCUGAAAGCGCCUUCGCCUUGAUGGUUAGUGCAUCCAUCAUCUUCUUGGUAUCCUCCUAUGUCAUACCGCAAGCGAUUCUUCUUUUGAUCGAUAGAAACGAACGUCUCCCACGGAGGGAUUUUGACCUGGGUCGGUUUGGAUAUGCCAUCAAUCUUUUUUCGACACUGUCGACUCUGCUUCUUAUUGUUGCUUGCUGCUUGCCGACAGCCUUCCCGAUCACAUAUACCAAUAUGAAUUACAACAGCAUCGUGACUGUUUGUCUACUGCUUUUCAUCUGGUCGGGGUGGAUGUUUUCGCGCAAGGACGUCUUUAAGGGUCCUACUCUUGAUAGGAGUCUGCUGGUAAAAGCGAGAGGAGUUGGAAAUCAUGACACGAGACCUGCCGAUGAACACACGCCUCUGAUGCAAUAA